ACAACAUAAAAUAACUAAAAAUAAUGCUCGUCUCUAAUCUUCGGCAACUUGAUCUCUGCAACUGCAACACCCACAUAAAUCCCAUCUGACUCAUCCUCAGACCUCAGUUGCUUCAUCUUCACAGUCUCUAGUUAAACAUCAUCUCCUCUCAAAGGUACAAUUUUUGAUGUUAUUUUAUCUCUCUUCUUUCUCUCUUUUUUUUUUUGUCUGUGUAUGAAAUUCAGCUACAAAAAUGAUGCACACAACAUACAGUAGCUCAAUUAUAUCAUUAAGAACAUAUUCUACUUUCAAUAAUUACUGUUAUUACUCAAAUGAAAGAUACCCAUCUACCUGUUGUUCUUGUUGCUGUUCAAUUCCCAUCAAUUCUUGUAAAUUAUUAGUACCCACAAACCCUAGCUUUUUGUAUGGGUUAAGGCAGUCCACUUUGAUUCAAUGCCCUCCUUCUAGGAGAUUCAUCUUAGGCCCAAGUGAUCUGUAUAGAUGCCGGCCAUCGGUUUACGAUGUGGGUGGGUGUUGCUGUUCACAAUCUCAGGGGAGAAGUGUUGAUAGGAUUUGUAAAGAGAAGUGUUGUGUUAAGGAGAAGAGUCUGAGUGAUUAUGUUAAUAAAUCUAAGGGUAGGGUAGCUAGGCCAAGGCGGGAUUUGAGAAGUAAUGCACUUGGAGAUGCUGAAGCUAUGCUUAGUUUGUUAACUGAGGAUGCUGUGAAGGAAUGUAUGGUUGUCAGGGAGAAGAAAAGGAGGUCUCCUUUGGAAGGGAAAAUUGUGAGCACGCAAGGUGUUGUAAUUGAGAAAAUAAGGGGUAGGAAGCCGAAUAUGGUGGAUGCUGGGUGUAGGGAGAGUGAAUUGAAGAACCAUCCACUAAAGACUGGUCGGGUUCAGUCUUGUGAAGAGGGUAAUAGGGGAAAAGAAGAAAGACUGAAUCUUUCUAAAGAUGAGGAUGGAGGGUUGAGGAGAAGAGAAUCUACUUCAUCAUAUUACUCUCUUUCAGAUUCUGGGGACUUUGGGAGUGAUAUUGAAGUUGAAGUAACGCGGGAGCCGUUUGUUAAAGAGUCUUCAACUAGUCAGAAGAAGGACUGGGAGAAAAGUGGGGGUUUUGUUAGUAAUGAAGCAAUGAAACAAGACUGGGAGGGGUAUAGAGAUGUUAAAGGUAAAGGAUUGCAAACUAGUGCACAUGAUGUUUCCAGAGUUGCUAGCUCUAUUCAGCAGGAUUGGAGAAAGAAGUCAGAGAAGAAGCUUGCUGAAGAGUCUGAAGAAAGUAAAUAUAGGAAUGAUUCUGUUGUCAGGCAGGCUCGGCCAUCUCAGGCUAAAGAAAGCAGUUCGAUUAAUGCUUCUAGUUCGAAUAAGCAAUUUAGUUACCAUGACGAGAAGGCGACUUCAGAUAUAAAAUCCCUUGGACAGUCAAGUGUUCACAUGCAAAAGGACAACAGAGCUAGUAGAUACUUGAAUUCCAGCAGUCAGCAUGAACAUUCAACACAAAUAGGUAGAGGAAAUUUUGAAGCAGCUUCUGGUACAUGGAGAAGAUCUAGCCAGGUAGAGGAUUUGAAGAUAGUUGGUAAGUCAGUUCAGGAGUCAGGAUGUGACCACUGCAAAACAUGUGGUAGAAGCAUGGAAGAAAGCAAGACACAAUCAGACUUCCGACAGCAAACUGAGAAGUCAGAGAUGAAUGCUGAUGCUAUAUUGACUAUAGGUGCAGAAAGUUUGUCUGAAAGUCGACAUUGGAAGCACAAGAACAGUAUAAGCUCCCUUCAGAGUUCGGUUGGAAAGGAGAGCGAGCAGCUUGACCAAAUUCACCAGGUGAUUGGACAGACCAGUGCAAAAAGUGAAUCCCAACAUUACCAGGAAACAGUAUCUACUGAUGAAAAUCGUAUUCAAAGCACUUUAAGGGCAAGACAGCAAUCAAAUGCACGGAUGCACAAUUUGGCGGAGAACUCAAGAACUUCUGCAGAGCAUCGGUCUGAAAAUAUACGUAAAAAGGAGGAAAAGAGUUCGAGUUCAGUUCAAAUUUCAGCCACGGAGGAGAAAAAGCAGCAUGAUCAAAUUUACCAGGAAACUGGUCAAGUCGAUGCAAGGAGAACAUCCCAACAUAACAGUGAAUUUAUGGAUACUGAUGCUAGUUAUCUUCAAAGCACUUUGAGGGCAACACAAGGAUCAAAUGCACGGAUGCACAAUUUGGUGGAAAUGUCAAGAACUUCGGCAGAGAGUCAGUCUGAAAGUAGUCGUAAAACGCAGCAGAAGAGUUCGAGAUUAUUUCAAACUUCAGCCAAGGAGGAUAAAAAGCGGCAUGAUCAAAUAUACCUGGGAACUGGUCAAGUCGAUGCAAGAAGAAAAACCCAACAUUACAAUGAAGUUAUGGAUACUGAUGCCAGUUAUCUUCGAAGUACUUCAAGUUCACAGCAGCAAUCAGAAACUCGAAUGAAGCAUUUGGAGGAGAAGACAAAGUCAACUAUUGCAGCUGAGAAAGUAAAAAGAUUGCAUGAGAAAUCUAGUGGCAAAGUGACUAAAGAUAUUGAAACCAGUAAAGUGUCUCACACUGAGAUAGGUGAUUCACGAGUUCAAUCUUCCAAUUUGGAGAUCAAUAGUCAGUCUGCUUCUGAUAAGAGGGUGUAUAAUGAGCAAAAUUAUUCAAAAGAAAAACUGAAAUCAGUAGAGGAAGUAGUAGAGAAACGCAAGUGGAUUGAUGAAACAGUUGUUCAAUCUACGCUUCGAGCUGAGGUACAGGGGCCUUCCACUAGACAUUUUUCUGAAGAAGCCAUCAUAAGCCAACCAUCGGCACGAUUAAAUCCUCAUACUGGAGUUCAACAAGUUAGUGGGGAAGAAAUUGAAAGUGGACAGCUUUUAAUGUCAUCUCCACCAUACCAUCAUGAAAACAGAAGGUCUCAGUUUCUUGAGGCAUCGAACAGUCCGAUGAGAAAUGCCAUGGGAGGGACAAUGGAAGCUGGCUCUGGUAAGAAAGACGAACACCCCCAAGCAAUAACACUGUCAUCCUAUGGGAGCAAGUCCAGUAAAGAGAAUUCUCCUGAGGAUACUUUAGUUUCAGCUGCACGCAUGCAGGAAACAUCAAGUCUGAUCGUUGGGGAGUUUGUUGAGAAGAUGAGCCAUGAAGCAUCAACUUCUGAAACUAGCUCUAAGACAUUAUCAAAACUAGAUUCAAAGCAUCAAGCUAAAAAAUCUACACUGAAAGAAUCAACUCAACUGGAUACCGACAAGCUAGGUUUACAGAAUCAAGGUUCAGAGACUUCGUCUGGGGUUCCUAGUCUUGAUUCUGACAAGGAAAAAUCACAGUAUAUAGAUUCGAAGCUUUCAUCGGCGGAUUAUGGAACCAAGGAAUCCUCAGAUCAGAUGUGGGAUGUGAAAGAUCACUUUGUUCAGGAAGCACCAGAGACGACAUCAUUGGAGGGUGCAACUUCCGAAAGUGUCGUUGCUGCAAGGACAGGAAAAUUUUUAUGGAACAUUGUUGCUGGUAUACGUCGACUUCGAUGGGGUUCACAUUCUGAAAAAAACCACAAGUCCCCUGUUAAAAGAGACAGCUCACCAACUCGAUCUCCUAGUGGUGAAACAUGGUUUUCUGGAGAUGAGGCAGACGAAUCAAAUAUUGAUGGUUUGAAAGCACAGCAGACCAGUUUGCUGCAAGAGACUACUUCUGAUCAGUCUCUGCUGGGGACCACUGGAAGUCGAAAGGAGGAUGUUGUAUUAAUGACCUUGGAUGACAAAUUGAGCGGUGUUGACAUGGGUGCUUCAUCCUCUUCUAGUGUCUUGAAGAGCAGUUCGCUACCAGGACGUGUAUCUGUUGGUGAAAAUACCAACUUGAAGCUUCCCCAACAUAUGUCACUACCCAGCCCUUCAUUAGAUUUAUCGAUACCUCCUGCUAGACAGUUGAGAAGACCACUUGCUUCUAUAAAAAUUGAUGGAGCAGAAAGAAAUGAGGAACCCAUCAGCUCUUCAGAAGAAAAGAGGGAUGAUUCUGUUGAUGAGAGGCAGAGUGAUGUUUCUUCUCCUGAGGGAACUGAUGUUGAGCUGAAGAAAAGGAAGCUUCAACGAAGCAAGGUAGUUUUGCAAAGGUAUGAUGACUGGGAAGAUGCUUAUAGACACGAACGCGAACAGCGAAAAGUUGAUGAAAUCUUCAUGAGGGAAGCACUUGCAGAAGCGAUGAGGGCUGCUGAUUCCUGGGAAGUGCCUGUUGGUGCAGUACUGGUGCAAAAUGGGAAAAUCAUUGCUCGUGGGUACAAUCUAGUGGAAGAAUUGAGGGAUUCUACUGCCCAUGCUGAAAUGCUUUGUAUAAGGCAAGCUUCAAACAUCCUUCGUACAUGGAGGCUAUCGGAAACCACUCUUUAUGUAACACUAGAACCAUGUCCCAUGUGCGCUGGAGCCAUUCUUCAAGCCAGAAUCAGUAACCUUGUUUGGGGUGCUCCUAAUAAGCUUCUUGGAGCCGAUGGCAGCUGGAUAAGGCUUUUCCCGGAAGGUGUUGCAGAAGAGGAGCGCGCUGAAGCAUCAGAUAAGCCAGCUGCUCCUGUACACCCCUUCCACCCCAAGAUGAAUAUACGAAGAGGGAUACUACAAGAAGAAUGCGCAGACAUUAUGCAGCAAUUUUUCCAACUAAAGAGGAGGAAGGCCAAGGAGAAGGAAAAGGACAAGGAAACGUCAUCAGAUGAAGCAGCUCAACCUUCUUGCUUUCCCAAACCACACCAUCGAUCAAAGCUAUUGCAUAAGAUGCAUAACGUCUUCAAUCCUUCAAAACAGUCAGCUGAUUGAUUUUCAGUGGACAUGUAAGGUUAUUUUCUUAAAAUGUGCAUGUAGAUCAAUUGUUUGAUACGCUUGCCUUGAAAUUUUGGGGUUGAGCAAUAUGUGAAUAUUCGAUUGUUUAAGAUCCAUUUGUGCAGUCAAAUUCUGGGCAAUUAUGCUUGUA